AAUUUUUGUGCAAAUAACCGUGUAAAUAUAAUAAGUGUCUAUUAUGUCUGAAUCGAUGGAUAAUACAACGUUUAAGCAUUCGUAUGUGUUACCCGUAUUGGCUGCUGUUGGGACUAUAGCUGUAUUAGGACUAGCAGUGAAAUUUUACAAAUGUUGGAGUGAUGACAAGAAAAAGAAAUCUCCUAUUUUACUGGUUGACCCAGUUGUUAAAUACAGCUUGCCAUUAGUUGAUAAGGAGAUAAUAAGCCAUGACACAAGGAAGUUCAGAUUUGGCUUACCCACACCAGAGCAUGUCCUAGGAUUACCCAUAGGUCAACAUGUACAUUUAACAGCAAAGAUUAAUGGAGAAGUUGUUAUACGUUCUUAUACACCAGUUUCAAGUGAUGAUGAUCAUGGUUACGUAGAUCUUGUGAUUAAAGUGUAUUUCAAAAAUGUACACCCAAAAUUCCCUGAAGGUGGAAAACUGUCUCAGCAUUUGGAAAAUCUGAACAUUGGAGAAACAGUAGAUUUUAGGGGACCAUCUGGUAGACUUGUUUACAAAGGCCGUGGAAAGUUCUCUAUAAAGAUUCUAAGGAAAGACCCACCAGCAGAAUACAAUGUCAAGAAGGUUGUGAUGUUAGCUGGUGGUACAGGAGUCACUCCAAUGUUGCAGUUGAUUCGUGCUAUAGUAAAAGAUUCCACAGAUGAAACUCAGUGUUCUCUACUUUUUGCCAAUCAAACAGAGAAAGAUAUAUUGCUACGAAAUGAGUUAGAUGAUAUUGCAAAGAAUCAUCCCAACAAAUUAAAACUCUGGUAUACAUUGGACACUAGUAGCGAAAAUUGGGCUUACAGUACAGGGCAUAUAAAUGCAGAAAUGAUAGAGAAGCACAUGUUUCCCCCAUCGUCUGAUACCCUUGUACUUAUGUGUGGUCCACCUCCAAUGAUCAAUUUUGCUUGUAAUCCAAACCUUGACAAACUUGGAUACGAUUCAAAAUUACGAUUUGCAUAUUAAGGCAACAAAUUGUUUUGCUGUUGCAUUGAAAUGUAGACUGCAUUUGGCUUAUAGUCUCGUCAUUUUUGAAAUAAGACACAAAAUUCUUUGCAAGCAAAGCAUUUCAUCAUACAAUAUUAAUCAAGUACUAAGUGUGUGGCGCCACUUUAAAACUCAUCUGCAGUAUCAAUUUAUAUAAGAGUACUCUGCAUAUGAGAACACCUACGACAGUAUUUAUUUCAAAUGUUUAAAUUCCUUUAAAAUAUCUUCUACUUAUACUUCGUAUUUAUGUGAAAAAGUUAUGUUUAGUUAUCCAUAUCAGACUAAUUACUUGUUAUGGAGUAAAGACAGUAAUAUUUGCAUUUUAUAAUUCCAUAUUUUCUAUAAAUGCGGUUGUUGAUAAUUUUUAAUUAAAUAUUUUUUAUUUUGUAUAAAAUCGUCGCCAGUGCAGGGUUUAGUGAGGAACGCUAUAUAGGUUAAAGCAUUUAUUGAUGUUGAACCUAUUGUAUUGUUAUAAAAAAUGAUGAUCACAAGUUGUUCUCAUUGUUUUACAAAUUCCUUUAUGUACCUUUUCAAUUGGUAAUGUAAAGAUUUCGCACUAUAAAAAUGAAUAUGUAUAUUUGCAGAAAUCGAAGAAUGAACAGUAUAUCGAUAUCAGUAAGUUGCAAUUAAUCUGAGGUUCAUUAACAAGAAUGGAUGAUAUUUAAAACAAAAUUGUCGAUCAUCUGAUCAGAGAAUUCGUA